AAGAGCUGGGUGAGAGCUCCUCACCAGCCAACUGACCACAUCAUUCACUUAACUUGCCAAUAAGGAUUCUGCAAAGACACACACUUUGACCUGAAGACAGGACCAGUCAUGGGGAACAAGGACAGCCCUGAGCUCACACUCUGCUUCCUGCUUAUGACAGCUCUUUGCUUUGAAGCAGUCACCAUAGAAAAGGUAUUAUACUUCUCAUCUGAGAGCUUGAGCUGGGAAGAGGCGAGACUGUACUGCCAGCAGAACCACAUUGACUUGGUUACUUGGAACACAGUGGACAGAUUCUGGCUGGCCUAUUUGUUGAAAGAAUUUAAGGUCCAACAAAUCUGGAUUGGACUACACAGAGACUCUGAGGAUGACUCGGCCUGGAAGUGGAUAAAUCUAAAAACUGGAAAAGGGAUCUCAGGAGACAACGUCUCACAGACCAUCAAUUGGGACGGUGGACAGCAGAGUGAACAUUGCGCAUUUGUGUCAGAGACGGAUCAAAUGUGGUACAGCAAUAGGUGUUCAAGUGAAUAUAAUUUCUACUGCUCAGUAGGGAACACAAUUCAAUAUCACAAACAUACCCUCAGCUGGUACAAUGCUUUCCAGUACUGUCAGGGUAACAUGAGUGACCUGGCCACCAUCACCAAAAACAACACAAAUAGCUUUAAAAAAACUGGCUGGAUUGGACUGUACCGAAAAGGUGGUGAGACUUGGAGCUGGACUGGAGUCUUGUCAUCAGACUACAGAAACUGGGCACCAAAACAGCCACUCAACUUAGACUGUGCCUCUUUUGAUCCUGUCACUCAAAAGUGCCGCAGCAGUGAGUGCUCCGAAAAGUCUCAGUUUGCCUGCUCUGAUGACAACCUGGUGCUGGUGAAAGAGAAUAAGACGUGGGAAGACGCCCUGAACCACUGCCAGAGCAUUGAAACACCAUGUUCUGGUGUCUCUGGGCCCUGCACAUACCAACACAAACUCCUGAGCCUGGAACAACUAUCUGACUACAACUACGUGAGAGACAGGAUCUACAGAGCCACAACUGAUGAGGUAUGGAUAGGCCUGCGCUUCCUGGGAGGGGAGUGGUGGUGGAUGAAUGGAAAAAAGCUGGAAGACCACGAAAUUCUGCCAGGCUGUCCGUCCCAAUGGAAACAUUGUGGGACCCUGUCAAAACAUGACACAAACAACUGGAUCAUCAGGGAUUGCUCAGAAAGAAGAAACUUCAUCUGCUACAGAUAUAAAGCAGGAUAUGUUUAAGGCUUUUUAACUGAGCUCUCUUUACUAUGGGGUCUAUAUUGUAUCUUAAUGAUGGUGCAAUUAUAAUCAUUCCUAAAAAAAAAAAAAAAGAAAAAACUGGAUUAGAGGAUGAGAAAUUUGUGUGAUGAAUGUAAGCUUAAUGUAAAUAUAAUGAAAUGUUUAUAUGUUUAUUCACAAACUUGUUUGGUUUGGACCAAUUUGUAUUUGUUUUUCACUUCUUCAUAACAUCUAAGCAGUACAUAAAUAUUAAAACAUUUAAUUGAAAAAAUAAAAAUAUGAAAAUGUCUUAAUAUUUGGCACAGGAUGCCACUGUAACUGCCACAGGAGUUCCACUAAGUACCAUUUCUGGAAUUUCUCUGACACCUUGUCGUACUCCUGUUUGAUGCUUAGUCUUAAAGAAAAAAGUUGUUUACACAAUGUACAAAGUCUUUCCAGAAAAGUGAAUAACACUGAAGUAAAUACAACUUGGUCCACUGAAGAAUCUGGAUGGCAGUGAGUCCGCGUGCUCACAAUC